UGAUUCUUGGGCGGAGGAGGGUGGGGUAUAGGGGGUUCUGCAUGAGCUCCUUAAAGGACAAAGGUAGCAGAACCAGCGAGAGAGCGCGAGGGGAGACUUUGACUUCAAACCACAGGAUUGGAAGUGUGCGCGCCGCCGCCGCCGUUCCCGCAGCGCUGUCGAUCUAGCCACGGGCAUCUUCCCGAGCUCCGGGGUCCCGGGGUAGGAGGCGACGCGGGUGAGCAGAAGCGCCAGCCGGCUGCCCACGAGGCUCACCAUGGGCGCUGGGGGCCGGGCGCUGUCCGUGGUGCCGGCUGUGCUGCUGGCCCUCACUCUGCCCGGGCUGCCCGUCUGGGCGCAGAACGACACGGAGCCCAUCGUGCUGGAAGGCAAGUGCCUCGUGGUGUGCGACUCGAACCCGGCCACGGACUCCAAGGGCUCCUCUUCCUCCCCUCUGGGGAUCUCGGUCCGGGCGGCUAACUCCAAGGUCGCCUUCUCGGCGGUGCGGAGCACCAACCACGAGCCGUCAGAGAUGAGCAACAAGACGCGCAUCAUUUACUUCGAUCAGAUCCUAGUAAAUGUGGGUAAUUUUUUCACCCUGGAGUCUGUCUUUGUAGCACCAAGGAAAGGAAUUUACAGUUUCAGUUUUCACGUAAUUAAAGUCUACCAGAGCCAAACAAUCCAGGUUAACCUGAUGUUAAAUGGAAAACCAGUAAUAUCUGCCUUCGCCGGGGAUAAAGACGUUACACGUGAGGCUGCCACGAAUGGGGUCCUGCUCUACCUGGAUAAAGAGGAUAAGGUUUACCUAAAACUGGAGAAAGGUAACUUGGUUGGAGGCUGGCAGUAUUCCACGUUCUCUGGCUUUCUGGUGUUCCCCCUAUAGAAUUUGAUUUCUUCGUGAUGUUCAUCCGGGUGAGGGGCGGCCCACCCCUGACUUCCUGGAAGAUCAUUUCCUCAUCAUUGGAUUGAUGUCUUUCCUUGGUUUCUCAUGGGUAAAUAUGGAUUCCCUGUAAGGAUGCUAGGCCUGUCUGAAGCAGUACUGAGCUCCACAGGUUAUUUUUGUGCGUGUGCGUUUCAGUGUACUUGGAUCGGGACUCACAGCAGUUGAUACCCAUCUAUGCUUAAGCGUAACAGUUCAAAGCUGUCUGCAAGGUUUGUUCUGAAUUUAAUUUCCUGGAAUUACUGAAUUCGUUGCAGAUGUGGCAUUUUAUUUAGUUAGUUUUCAAAGACCGGCAACUGGGUCUGAGAAUUAGAGAACUGUAUAAAAGUUCUGACUUCAAUCAACGAUUUGUGUGAUACUGCCAAAGAAUUGUGUGCUGUGUUGAUAUACUGGUUUCACUUGUUUUUAUUGCUUUGGAAUUAGUUUUUUUGGUUUUCUUAGGGUAACUGCUGGCUUUGUGUCUUCUCUACAAAUAGGGUAAUGGCUUGUCUGCAAAUUUACUCUAUGAGGCCAGCAUCAGGACUUCCCUUUAAAAAAAAAUGCUUCAUAGUUGUAUUUUAAUUCUAUAUGUGAAAGAGUCAUAUUUUCCAAAUUAUAUUUUCUAAUAGGAAGAGUAGAUCAUAAAUCUAACAAGGAAUAAGUUGCUUACCCGAAUUCUAAGUGCUCAAUCCUCAAACCUCCGCAAAACAGCUCUCCUCCAUGGGAAAUCUUACACUUUAUUUCUCACUUUAAUUAACGUGAUUGAUAAUAACCACUUUUUAAGAACCUAAGGGAUUUUUUUUCCCUUAGACAUGACCACUUUAUUAACUGGAGAUGGGAUGCCCUUGUUUUUAAUUAUACCUAUUUUUCAAACCUCCUGUUGUGUUUGAAGUAUCAUCUGGUUUUGCCUUAACUCCUUAAAUUGUAUAGAUUUAUCUGUUUAGUUAAUACGAAAUCCAAAUAGCCCAAGCUAAACUUAGUGCAAUAUCUUAUUUUGUCUUUUGUAUAGGUCAUAUGAAUUCAUAAAAUUAUUUAU